AUGGCGGACUUACCCCCGGAUUAUUUUGUCUCCUCCCUGCAGUACACCAAAAAGACCUUCCAGGAUGUCUAUCCCCCUAUCGACCCAACCAAUCCAACCAACUCACUUGCGGGGAGAAUUGUCAUUAUUACUGGCGCAAGCCGAGGUAUUGGGGCUAGGGGUAUCGUGCCAUCAUUUGCUAAAGCCGGGGUUCAUGGCCUAGUUCUCGUUGCCCGAGAUGAGGCUAAGCUGAAGGAAGUAGAGCGCGAGGUUCUUGCAAUCAACCCUAAGAUCGAAACUUUGCUUGUUGCGUUGGAUAUCACGAAUGAGAAGGCAGUGGGGCAGCUCUUCGACAAGAUCCAGGCACGAUUCGGCCGCUACGCAGAUACACUGGUUCAUAAUGCAGCGGUCAGUACGGCCAAUAAUGAAGGAGGCCCGAUACUGCAUGAAGCCGAGGUUGACGAAUGGUGGAAGAACUUUGAAAUCAACGUCAAGGGAUUCUUUGUCUUCUCGAAAUAUUUCAUCUCUGGCCUUCCAUCUCCGACUACGCCUGCUACGAUUAUCAACAUCUCAUCUUCCGCAGCGUGGCUGGUUUAUCCCGUGUCCGGCGCUUACAGCGUCAGCAAGCUUGCCAGCCAACAGUGGUGUACCAUGCUCAAUGCUGCAUACGGAGGUACACUCACUGUUGUAAGCAUCCAUCCUGGUCUCGUGGCCACGGACAUGAUGCAUCCCUUUUUCGAGAAGUUUAAUAUGGAUUCACCUCUGUUGACUGGAGGACUUUGUACUUGGGUUGCAGCCGAUGCAGAACGCUCUGCGUUCCUCAGCGGGAGGGUCAUUGCAGCCAACUGGGAUGUUGAAGAACUGGUGGCCCGUAAAGCCGAUAUCGUCGCUAAGAACGAGUUGACAGUGGACUUGGUGGGCACCUUUGGCAAGGAGCAGUUUAAGAGUGCUUGA